UAAAAAUCUACGACACCGCAAAUGAUCGACUGAAUGAGUCUACAGAGCAUGCUACGAAGAGCCCUCACCUUCAAUCACCUCCCCAAGUCCGUACUGCCAAGUGGGCUGCGUGGAAGAAGGCCCUAUGCUAGUAAUGCUGCCGCUGCCGCCGAGGAACCAAACCCAGAUGGUAACAAGGUCCGUGGAAGGAGGCGUAGCAAGAAGGAGCUCCAUGCUGUUGUGGAAACGGUUGUCAAUGAGUACAAGGCAAUGAAUGCGGGGAAAUUCCCUGGGAUUAAGUAUACUAAGAAACAAGUGGGUGGCUGUUACUAUAGAAUUCGGGGGAUCCUCCAGGAGCUACAGUACGCAGCUAAGAUGUCGCCUUCUAGUGGUGGGGUUGAGCAUUCGUUGGGACGAGAGGGAACUAGAGGAAGUGAGUCUUUGACUGAUGUUGUUGGUGUCAGUGCUCAAACUGUUUCUGAGGUGGAAGAUGACGUGGAUCUUGGCGUUGUCAGUGAUGGGAGUUUCGAAGCUAAGGAAGAGUCCAUGACGUCCUCCUCAGUUGAGAUCUUGUCUGAAGAGGUUGUCACUCCUGGGAGAGGCUCUGAUCUGGAUGUCACACAAAGUAAUAUUGGGAAAGUGAAUGCUGCGGAAUCUUCAUAUAUAGACCCUGAUAUAGUUGGCAAUGAUAUGGAGGAACAUACAAACAAUCAAUCUGUCUCUAUGGCUCCAGGACAUGAGAUUUUACAAGGAGGAUUUGAGGUUAUUUCUCAUUCACGUGACAAAUCUCAUGAUAAACCAGAGGAAGCUCAGGCUGAUCUACAUGAUGAUGUCUCUAAAGUAAAGCAUCUACAAAUAGGGGACAAUAAUACAGCCUCUCUAAGUUCUGAGUAUAUGGAGGAUGUUACUAAACCGGAUCUUGAAGAGUGUAAAAAGAAGCAACAUGAAGAGAUCCCUAAGGCUGAUCUACUGGAUUCCAUUACUGCAGAAAAACAUGUACCACCAGAGGCAGAUAAAGUAUCCAAGGACCUCCCUGGUAGGCCAGCUGCUGAUGCCGAACCUCCGAAAACAACAACUCUAUGGGGUGCUGUGAAAUCUUUGGCGGAUGGAAUUAUCAGUAUUUUCAGAAAUCAGUAACUCUUUGUCACAUAAGGUUGGUAUCGUGAGGAGGUGAUUUUAUGUUAUCUGGUUAAUUAUUUAGUUUUCACAGAAUUGCUGUUGAAAGUAAAGCAAUGUUGAUCUUUGAAGUAGGUUAUGGAACAACUAGGAUGUUUUUACUAUGUAACUUGCAAAUGGUACUAGAAUUUUAAUGUGCAGCCUUAAUCUGUAGUUACAGUAGCUAGUCACAUGUAAAACAAACACUAACACAAUCCAAGAAGCUCCACAUUUUUGGAAUGUUCUCUUUUGUCUUUGGUUAAACAUUUGGGUAU